AUGCAAGACAACUGUACUGAUGUGACUUGGCAACGAGGCUAUCCCGUGGUGGGCAUUCUGCCGCACAUCGACCUCGCAUCGCCGCUCUUCUCCUUGAUCGAGCUUCUUCAGCCUUACGGGCCCAUUGUCCAGUUCUCCAUCGGAGGCGAGCUCAACAUCUUUGUGCACAGCGUCGAGCUGAUGAAUGAGCUCUGCGACGAAUCGAGGUUCCACAAGGACAUCAAGCAAGAGCUGGAGAAGCUCCGCCACAUCGUCCACGAUGGGCUCUUCACGGCGAGGAACGGUGAGCCGAAUUGGGCGAUUGCUCGUGGAAUUCUGACUCCGAUAUUCGGGACGAUCAAGAUUCGUGAAAUGUUCCCCGGAAUGAGAGACGUCGCGGAGCAGCUGUGUCUGAAAUGGGCUCGCUAUGGUCCAGAGUAUGUCAUCGACGUUACGUCUGACUUCACUCGCCUCACCCUCGACACACUUGCUCUGUGCACCAUGGGCUACCGAUUCAACAGCUUCCACAACGGCACAGUCAUGCACCCUUUCGUCAUCAGCAUGGUGAGGGCAUUGAAGGAGUCCACCAUGCAAGCGGCAAUGCCAGGAGUCGUCAACUCUCUGCGAAAGAGAUCGUGGCACCGAUUCGAGAAGGAUACGGCUUACAUGAGACAGCUGUGCCGAGAGAUGAUUCAGAAAAGGAAAGAUGAGAACAAGCCAGACUCCCGGGACCUCUUGGGAGCGCUACUGCAGGGCCGUGACCCCAAGUCUGGGGAGGGCCUGUCUGAGGACUCCAUCAUCGACAAUAUGAUAACCUUCUUGAUCGCUGGCCAUGAAACCACGUCGGGGCUUCUGUCCUUUGCCUUUUAUUACAUGCUGGCCCACCCCGAAACGAUGGAGAAGGCUCGUCACGAGGUUGAUCAGGUCACUCAAGGCUCUCCAGUCACGGUAGAGCACCUUUCACGGCUGCCGUAUCUUAACGCGGUCCUCAAGGAGACGCUGCGUCUGCAGCCGACAGCCCCAGGCUUCUUCCUCGUUGCGGAAGAGGACCAGAUUAUCGGCGGGAAGUAUUUCAUCCCGGCGAAAGUACCCAUCGGCAUUCUGCUUCACAUACUCCACCAAGACAAGGCCGUCUAUGGCGAGGACGCUGCCGAGUUCAAGCCGGAAAGAAUGCUUGAUGAAAACUUCAACAAGCUGCCGCCCAAUUCCUGGAAACCAUUUGGCAACGGUAUGCGGGGUUGCAUCGGUAGAGCCUUUGCGACCCAGGAAGCACUGUUGAUUACGUCUAUGCUGUUGCAGAACUUCACGUUUGAGAUGGCGGAUCCGACGUACAAGCUCAAGGUCAAGGAGACGCUGACGGUUAAGCCCGACGACAACUUCCGGAUGAAGGCAAAGCUCAGGCGUGGAGGCACUGCGACAGACUUCCAACGUGAGCUAUACUCUGUCGGCUCAACAAGCGACGCCAGGCCGAGUCUUACCCCCUCAACCAACACCUUGUCACAAGCUGGCGAAGGCAACAAGAAGCCACUCACCAUCUUCUUUGGAUCCAACAGCGGCACAUGUGAGGCUCUGGCAUAUAGGCUGGCAUCUGAUGCCACGCUACAUGGAUACUACGCCCGCAGUAUUGCGCCUUUGAACGCGGCUUGCAACAACCUGCCGAGAUCUGAGCCUGUCAUCAUUCUGGCAGCUUCGUAUGAUGGCUUGCCGUCGGAUAAUGCCGAAGACUUCUUUGAGUGGUUGAAUAAGGUCGAAAAGGACUCCUUGACCGGCGUCUCGUAUGCCGUAUUUGGCUGUGGACAUCGUGACUGGGUCGCAACGUUUCAGCGAAUCCCCAUCCUCAUCGACGACCUCCUCCAGAGAGCCGGUGCCGAAAGAUUUGCAACAAGGGGCCUUGCAGACUCGGCGGUGAUGGACCUCUUUGUUGAACUCGAGAAAUGGACAGCGGAUUCCGUUUGGCCAGCGAUUGCGCAGACCGAUGGAGGAGGCGAAAGAGAUGACGAUGGAGAAGGCCGACUGAUCACCUCGCUGCUCAAGGUCGACUUUUCACAGCCGCGCCAGCUGAAGCAGUAUUCUCACCUGGUGGAGGCGAGCGUGACCGACUCGCGGACCUUAACAACAGCUUCUGCGAUUGGGAAAAAGGUGCAUCUCGAUAUCCAGCUCCCUUCGGAGCAGUCAUAUCGACCGGGUGACCAUCUCCUUGUGCUCCCUGUGAACCCGAUGAGGACCGUCAAGCGAGUCUUGUCACGUUUUCACUUGACGUGGGACACGAUAGUGCGGGCGUCUGGCAAUGAUUCUGUGCGCAUACCGGCCGACACGUCAAUGACGGCAUAUGAGCUGCUGAGUUCGUAUUUUGAACUGUCUCAGCCGGCGACGCCGAGGGUAAUCCUUGCGGCUGCGGCUGAGAAUGAAGAUACAAAACAGCUUUUGAUGGACUUGGCAACUUCGUCGUACGUCGAGGGCAUCCAGGAAAAGAGGACGUCUCUGCUUGAUCUGUUGGAGAGGCAUCCCGAGAUUCCCAUGACCCUGGGAACCUACUUGACGCUUUUGCCAUCCCUACGCCUUCGGACUUACUCGAUCUCAUCCUCGCCAUCCUGGAACCCGGGCCACGCUACGCUGACUCUUUCGGUGUUGGAAGAGCCGGCGACAGUCGAUGGCGGCCAACACUUUCUAGGCGUGGCUUCCAACCAUCUCGCUGGCUUGACACGAGGGGACCUGAUUCAUGUGACCACACGACCAGUAAAAGGCAUCUUUCAAAUGCCUGCCGACUUGUCAAAAACACCAAUCAUCAUGGUUGCAGCAGGAUCCGGCCUUGCACCGUUCAGAGGAUUCAUCCAAGAGCGGGCUAUUCAGCAGCGGAAUGGAGUUGAGCUUGCACCCGCCGCCCUGUUUUUCGGAUGCAGAUCGUCGCAUGACGAUUUAUACCGCAGCGAGAUCGACGAGUUCGAGUCGUCGGGAGUGAUUCGGGUGUUCCGUGCCUACAGCAGAGAAGAUGUUGAUAUCAAGCCCAAGAUCAGAAAGGGCUACGUCCAGGACAGCAUGACGGCGGAGAAGGAUGCCUUUGUCCAGCUCUGGAAUGCCGGAGCAAAGAUCUACGUAUGCGGAAGCGUGAGAAUGGCUUCGCAAGUCAAGGAUCUGGUGACGAAGCUGGUGUAUGCGGCUGAGACGACGGGGGCCUCGAAGCAAUUCACGCCUCAGGAGUGGUUCAAGCGCUUUGAGAAGACGCGGUAUGCCGCUGAGAUUUUCACAUAG